UGCAUGCGCGUCAGUGCAAGGAUCCCCUAGCGUAUUCUAAGAAGAGAUCAUCCCUCGGUGCUGCGUGGUAGAGAGUUGCGUAUAGCUGUAGAGGAGAGUGAGGAGAGGAGAAGCGUUCUGUGUAGAGGGGACACCGGGAAAGCGUAAUCAAUGAGGGUGCAAGCAAUAUUUAUAUAGAAGGCGGAUUCCAAACGUUGAAACACCCUCAUAACGGAAGGGUGAUAAAGGGGGGGACAAGCGCUCGGUUCCGAGGGAGAACGCUUUCCCUCAUUUGUUUCUACUAAAGAAGGAGCGACCGAAUCCCUUGCAAUCAUGGGGAACCGGGGGAUGGAAGACCUUAUUCCUCUUGUGAAUAAAAUGCAAGAUGCCUUCUCGGCUAUCGGUCAAAAUUCCCAGUUGGAUCUACCUCAAAUCGCUGUGGUCGGCGGGCAGAGUGCAGGGAAAAGCUCGGUGUUGGAGAACUUCGUUGGGAAAGAUUUCCUUCCCCGUGGCUCUGGCAUCGUCACCCGCCGUCCGUUGGUCCUCCAGCUGAUCAACUGUCCCACAGAAUAUGCAGAGUUCCUUCACUGUAAGGGGAAGAAGUUCACAGACUUCGAUGAGGUUCGUGGGGAGAUCGAGGCGGAGACGGACCGCAUCACUGGGCAGAAUAAGGGAAUCUCACCUGUUCCAAUAAAUCUCAGGGUCUACUCCCCGCAUGUCCUGAACCUGACUCUGGUGGACUUGCCGGGGAUGACCAAGGUCCCAGUAGGGGACCAGCCUGCGGACAUUGAGCAGCAGAUCAGAGACAUGUUAUAUCAGUUUGUGACCAAGGACAACUGUCUGCUACUGGCUGUUUCCCCGGCCAACUCUGAUCUGGCCAACUCAGAUGCCCUAAAGAUUGCCAAAGAAGUGGACCCACAGGGUCAGCGAACCAUUGGUGUGAUCACCAAGCUGGAUCUGAUGGAUGAGGGGACUGACGCCAGAGAAAUUCUGGAAAAUAAGCUGCUCCCACUGCGAAGAGGUUACAUUGGUGUGGUGAACAGAAGUCAGAAGGACAUAGAUGGGAAGAAGGACAUCACAGCGGCCAUGGCUGCAGAGAGGAAGUUCUUCCUGACCCAUCCUGGAUACAGACACCUGGCUGAACGCAUGGGCACCCCCUACCUACAGAAAACACUCAACCAGCAACUGACCAAUCACAUCCGGGACACUCUGCCGGGGCUGCGGGCCAAGCUGCAGAGCCAGCUGCUGUCUAUAGAGAAGGAGGUGGAGGAGUACAAGAACUUCAGACCUGACGACCCCUCCCGCAAGACCAAGGCCCUGUUGCAGAUGGUGCAGCAGUUCUCAGUGGACUUUGAGAAGCGUAUCGAGGGCUCUGGGGACCAGAUCGACACAGCAGAGCUGUCAGGCGGAGCCAAGAUCAACCGCAUCUUCCACGAGCGAUUCCCCUUCGAGCUGGUCAAGAUGGAGUUUAACGAAAAGGAGCUUCGCAAGGAGAUCAGCUACGCCAUUAAGAACAUCCACGGCAUUAGAACUGGCCUCUUCACCCCGGACAUGGCCUUUGAGACCAUUGUGAAAAGGCAGAUCGGCAAGAUCAAAGAGCCCUGCCAGAAAUGUGUGGACAUGGUCAUUUCUGAGCUAGUCAAUACCGUUAGACAGUGUACUCAGAAGCUGGCUCAGUACCCCAUGCUGAGGGAGGAGAUGGACAAGAUUGUCACCCAGCAUAUCCGAGACCGCGAGAGUCGCACCAAGGACCAGGUGAUGCUGCUGAUUGACAUUGAGCUGGCCUACAUGAACACCAACCAUGAGGACUUCAUUGGCUUUGCCAAUGCUCAGCAGAGGAGCAGCCAGGUGGCCCAGAAGAAGCAACCUGGCAACAAGCAGGAUGAAAUCAUGGUGAUCAGGAAGGGCUGGCUGACCAUCAACAACAUUGGCAUCAUGAAGGGAGGAGCCAAGGAGUACUGGUUCGUCCUGACCGCUGAGUCCCUGUCCUGGUACAAGGAUGAUGAGGAGAAAGAGAAGAAGUACAUGCUCCAGGUGGACAACCUGAGGCUGAGGGAUGUGGAGAAGAGCUUCAUGUCGAGCAAGCAGAUCUUCGCCCUGUUCAACACUGAGCAAAGGAAUGUGUAUAAGGACUACCGUCAGCUGGAGUUGGCCUGCGAGACUCAGGACGACAUAGAUGGGUGGAAGGCCUCCUUCCUUAGAGCCGGAGUGUAUCCUGAACGCGUCACGGAAAAGGAGGGCAAGCAGAGUGAAAGUGGAGAUGGAGAGAACGGCUCAGAUAACUUCAUGCACUCCAUAGACCCCCAGCUGGAGAGGCAGGUGGAGACCAUCCGCAACCUGGUGGACUCCUACAUGGCCAUUGUCAACAAGACCAUCAGGGACCUCAUGCCCAAGACCAUCAUGUACCUCAUGAUCAACAACACCAAGGAGUUCAUCAACGCGGAGCUGCUGGCCAACCUGUACCACUCUGGGGACCAGAACAGCCUGAUGGAGGAGUCCCAGGAGCAGGCCCAUCACCGCGACGAGAUGCUCCGCAUGUACCAUGCCCUGAGGGAGGCCCUAAACAUCAUCGGAGACAUCAGCACUACCACUGUCACCACCGCCAUGCCGCCGCCUGUAGACGACUCCUGGCUGAGGCCGGGGGGAAACAACUCUGGGGGCAGGUCCCCAGCCAGCAGUCCCACUCCGAACAGAAGGGCUCCCCCAGGUCCCCCUGGUCGCCCUGUCUCCCGUGGCUCAGCCCCUGGCCUCCCUCCUGGCCCCCCUGUCCCCUCUCGCCCAGGGGCCUCCCCGGACCCUUUCGGUGGUCCCCCCCCAUCAGUCCCCUCCCGGCCUAACCGCGCACCCCCCGGUGUGCCCAGUGGUCAAGGGGGUGAGUGAAGACAUCAGGUUUAAAACCACCAACAUCCCAAUCAGUGAUGGUCUAUAUACAGAAACCUAUAUACACACACACACACACCUACCUAUACAGUGCACCUCUCCCGCUCCCAUGUCACUCAUGCGUUCCAUUGCUGUUUGAGAGAUGUGAGUUGACCCCCCUUUCCACCAGUGGACUCUGUAGUUUGUUGUAUUUUUGACCCCGUUGGUAAUAAUAGUACAUGGGCUCAUUAACCUACCCACAAACCCCUGUUUCAGUAUCCAUAUCGUACUCACCUCAUACAAACCUACCCCUCUUCUCAACACCAUUGAGUCUUAGCAACAGCCAAUAAAUAAAGCUAUUAUAAAAUGAAUUAAGAAUACAUUUUAUCAUGGACAUAUCUUACUUGUGUAAUGUAUCCUGUGUGGUGCAUCGUCUGAAACUGUGUUCCAAUUGUGUAGACGUUAGUUGACAUUGUAUGAAUACUGAAUAUUAAAUUAUUACAAAUAAGUGACUGAGUGUGGUGUACAAUGAAACAUGACAAAAAUAAAGAAACAAACAAGUGAAUAAUGUUAUAUGAAAUCCUUGGCUAUGGAUGUUGAGUAUUGGCAGGGUGUUUGAUUAGUAGUAUGUAGAAUAAUUUGUCGCUUGUCUCUCGGUCUCUGUCCGGAGAGGAAAUGGGGGGGGGGCAGAGUAAAUAUUUGUAUUCUGUCCUGCUGUGACGACUUUGUCCUGUAUCUUAUCUUACUGCUGUCGGUGGAAUGUGUCUGUCCAACAGGACUGCUUUGUCAAGACAUUAAAAGUCAGCGUACUGUUA